CUAACUGAAACAUCAAAAAAUCUUUACACCUCUCUCCAAUCCUUCAAAAAUGGAGAAUUUCACUCUCCCAUGCAAAUCCAACCCUCUAAUUCCCAUAAUACCCUCCAAACCCGACCGACCCGGCAAGCCCACCUUCACUUUCUCCAAGAAAGCUCCGCCCCUAGAAACCCUUAACCUCCUCUGCAAGAACCGCCAGUUCACCGAGGCCGUCGCCGUCCUCGACUCGUUAGCCCAGACCGGCUCCAAGGUACCUCCGACUACCUACAUGAGCCUCCUCCAGGGCUGCAUUGAGUCCAAUUCUAUCCAAUUAGGUCGGAAGCUCCACCGGAGCAUCGGCGCGGUGGACGGAGUCAACCCCUUCGUGGAGACCAAGCUGGUGAGCAUGUACGCGAAAUGCGGGUCCAUUGAAGACGCACGCAAGGUGUUCGACGAAAUGCGCGAGAGGAAUUUGUACACCUGGUCGGCUAUGAUCGGCGCGUGCUUGAGAGACCGGAGGUGGGGCGAGGUGGUGGAGCUUUUCGGGCGGAUGGUGAGAGAUGGAGUGUUGCCGGAUUGGUUUCUGUUUCCGAAAGUGCUGCAGGCGUGUGGGGACUGUGGGGACUUGGAGGCGGGGAGGAUGAUGCAUUCCCAGGUGGUGAGGUGUGGUUUGAGUGGCAAUUUGCAUGUUAGUAAUGCUUUGUUGGCUGUUUAUGCGAAAUGUGGGGAGUUGGAGUCGGCGAGGAGGUUUUUCGAGACGAUGGAAGUGAGGGAUGGGGUGAGCUGGAACAGUGUUAUAUCUGGUUAUUGCAGGAAGGGUGAGAAUGUGGAAGCUCGUAGGCUGAUUGAUGAAAUGAUGGAACAGGGGAUUGAACCGGGGUUGGUUACUUGGAAUAUAUUGAUUUCGAGUUUUAACAAGUCGGGGCAGUGUGAUGUUGCCAUGGAGCUGAUGAAGAAGAUGGAGAAUUGUGAGAUCAGUGCUGAUGUGUAUACUUGGACUUCUAUGAUCUCGGGGUUUGCUCAGAACAACAGGACGAAUCAGGCGUUGGAUUUUUGGAAGAAGAUGAUAUUGUCGGGAGUGCAACCGAAUGGCAUUACGAUUGCUAGUGCAAUCUCUGCUUGCACGUCUUUGAAAUCGCUGGCAAAAGGUUUGGAGAUUUAUGCUUUUGCUGUGAAGAUGGGUCUCAUUGAUGAUGUACUCGUUGGAAAUUCGCUCAUUGACAUGUUCUCAAAGUGUGGGGACCUGGAAGCUGCUGAGCAGGUCUUUGAUAUGAUCUCAGAGAAAGAUGUGUAUACUUGGAACUCCAUGAUAGGGGGAUAUUGUCAAGCUAGGUACUGUGGUAAGGCCUAUGAACUGUUCAUGAAGAUGCAGGAAUCAGAUGUAAUACCUAAUGCCAUCACGUAUAAUGUGAUGAUCACGGGGUAUAUUCAGAAUGGAGAUGCAGAUCAAGCUAUGGAUCUCUUCCAUUUUAUGGAACGAGAUGGGACAGUUAAGCGAAAUACAGCAUCGUGGAACUCUCUUAUUGCUGGUUAUGCACAACUUGGAGAAAUUAACGAGGCACUUAGGAUAUUCAGGAAGAUGCAGGCCUUUGGUGUUAGUCCCAAUUCAGUUACAUUGUUGAGUAUCCUCCCUGCUUGUGCGAGUUUAGUUGCCAUGAAAAAGGUAAAAGAGAUCCAUUGUAGUGUAUUUCGAAGAAAAUUGGAGUCUGAAGUCCCUGUUGCAAAUUCUCUGAUAGACACUUAUGCAAAAUCAGGAAACUUAAAGUAUUCCAGAACCAUAUUUGAUAGAAUGUCAUCCAAAGAUAUUAUCACCUGGAACUCAGCAAUUUCUAGUUAUGUUUUACAUGGUCAUCCAGAUGUUGCACUUGAUCUUUUUGACCAGAUGAAGACGUUGGGGCUGAAACCUAACAGAGGUACCUUUGCAAGUAUUCUAUAUGCUUACAGUCUUGCUGGAAUGGUACACGAGGGAACAGAAGCUCUGUCUAGUAUCAGUGAAGAGUAUCAAAUAAUACCAGGUCCAGAGCAUUAUGCAGCUAUUGUGGAUCUAUAUGGACGUUCGGGUAGGCUUCAAGAAGCAAUGGGGUUCAUUGAAGAUAUGACAAUAGAACUAGACUCCUCUGUUUGGGCUGCCUUACUCACAGCAUGCAGAAAUCAUGGGAAUCUUGGCCUGGCAAUUCAUGCAGGGGAGCACUUAAUUGACUUGGAACCAGGAAAUGUUCUGAUUCAACAGUUAAUGUUGCAGGCAUAUGCUUUAUCCGGGAAACCGGAUGAUACCUCAAAAUUGAGAAGGUUUUAUAAAGAGAAUGCAACAAUAAAGAGAUCUCUUGGUCAGUGUUGGAUGGAAGUUAACAACACCGUGCAUACGUUUAUUGCAGGAGAUAGGUCGAAAUUAUGCUCAAAGUAUGUAAACUUGUGGUUACAAGACAUAGCAGAAAAGGCAAAUGAACCUGAUUUUCGUUGUGGGCUUGGUAUUGCAGAAGAAGAAGAGGAGGGAAUCAGCAUGGUCCACAGUGAAAAACUUGCACUUGCUUUUGCCCUCAUUGGCUCCCCAUCUAUACCCAAAAGUAUUAGGAUAGUGAAAGAUCUGAGAAUUUGUGGAGAUUGCCAUCGAACAGCUAAAUAUUUAUCGGCGGCUUUUGGAUGUGAUAUAUAUUUAAGUGAUUCAAUGUCCUGGCACCAUUUUAGUAAUGGGCGUUGUUCUUGUGGCGAUUAUUGGUAGGGGGAGAUAUGAUCUAGGACUUGUAUAGAUUGGUGAUACUUGAAACAGGAUUUUUUUGGAAGGGAUUGUCAUGUUCUAGAGUGAAAUGGGCUCACGCAAAACAGAGAUUGCAAUAUAUACACUUAGACAUGAUACUGCGGAGAUGUGAGGCUAACCCCUCCUGCUUGCUGCAUUUUGAUGACAGAUCCAGGCACGACGAGAGGCAUGUAAUUUCUUCUGCAGAAUAAAGUUACUGUGCAUGGAGGAUCUUUCAGGGAAAUGUGUGUUCAAGAACUUACCCGUUACGUCGUACAAACAAUGACUUACAACUUUACUGCCAUCAGAAACCAUGGAGAAGGAAUGCAUCUGAUGAGGUAGCAGAAGAGUUUGCUUUUAUUUCCGAACACAAGGUGUACAACGCCCGUCCUUUGGGAAAGUAUUCUGCAUGGCGGAACAGACGAUCAACGCAGCAUACUAAAUUUGGUGCAGAAACCGAAUUCAAUGUGCUAGAUCAUAGGCCGAAGGUGGUAAUUUAUGAUCUCCUAAAACAAGCGCUGGUGGUGGUAACAGAAGCAGAGCCGACAGUGGUAAAACAAGCAGCACCGAUGGUGGUAAAACAAGCGAGGCCUAACAAGUUCACCUUAAAGUCGGACAAAUCCAGUAAUAGUGGUGUGAAUCUGAUAAAGUAGAUGAAGAGGGUGAUGUAAGAACCGAACACAAGGUGUACAACUGUUCUUUGUAUCCUGCAGUGCCGAACAGACCAUCAACGUAGCAUACUGAAUUUGGUGCAGAAACUAGAUACAAUGUGCCAAAUGCUAGUCCAAUGGAGGUCAAACAAGCGGCUCCUACUCGUAGCUCCAAUGCUGAACUUGAACGUUUUGCUAGAAGAACCCAAAAAUUGUAUAUUUCCGGUGCCAACUUGUGCGACCAUCAGUUACGUUUAGGUUAGGCGAAGGUGCCUUAUUUGCAUUUGCUUGCUCUGUGAUCGGGCAGAAGCCUGAGGCAGUGAGCACACAUAUUGUUGUACUUAUUUAUACGCCAAACGACCAAGGGUACGAUAGAUCGGCUUGUACCGUGUCUUCUCAGUAUCGG